CUCAACGUCUCAGACUGUGAUCUCACCAUGUUCCUCUAUUGUGACUUAGCAGCGCUGGUGCUUGUGCUUACUUUUUAUAGACAAGCUCAUGCAGGUAAAAUCAUUGGUGGUCAUGAGGCUGCAGCUCACAGCAGACCGUACAUGGCCCUUGUGACUCUCCAAUACGACAAUGGUAAGCCAGAAUUUUGUGGCGGGGUCCUCGUGAGUGAAUAUUUUGUGAUAACUGCUGCCCACUGCAAAGCCAAGUCUUAUGAAGUUUGUCUUGGAAUGCACCGUUAUGGCAAAAAUAGUUCAUGUUUGUCUGUGGAGCAAGAUUUUCCACAUCAGGAAUACAACAAUGGAAAUCACACAAAUGACAUCAUGCUUUUGAAGUUUCCUACCAAAGCUAUUUUCAACAAGAAUGUGCAGCCGAUUGUUCUGGCAGACAUGGGUGACAACAAAUUGCCCAAAAAGUGUGUAGUAGCUGGUUGGGGAGCAACAAGAAAGGACGAUGAAACCAUGUCUCUUAAACUCAAGGAAGUCAAUGUGACACUCACUCAUGAUCCUUUAUGUUCUGAGAAAAAUGAGUACUGCUCUAAAGGGGAGGAGGGACCGGCUCAGGGAGACUCUGGAGGUCCGUUAGUCUGUGAAGACGGAAAAGCCUUUGGAGUGAUCUCAGCAAAUAGCCCUGCUCUUAAACUGACCAAGUACACCAAGAUACCCUACUACAGAGAAUGGAUUGAUGAGAUUAUGAAACAAAACUGAUUCAAUACUGUUCAGAUAUUUUUCAGCAACAUGAGAAGAAUAUCUUAUGUUAUUUUGAAACGAAUUACAGUUUUGAGGAGCUUCUCGCUAAUUGGAAUAAGAAAAUAUAUAUAUAUAUUUUUUCCAUUUUGCUUGUGUUCCUUAAUAAAAA